CCGCAACAUUGUAAGAAGAGGCAUAUCUCAUUUCAGCUUCUGAGUUUGGACUUCUCUCGAAGACAGUCUGCUUUCCAAGGUUGAGGAUGGAUUCAGUCGGGCCUGCUUUAGAUAUUUUGAAAUGUUUGUCAGAACCAUUAGCUCGUAAAAUUGGCUACAUGAAAAACCUCAAGGAGAAUUUUGAAAAGCUCAGUGAGGAAGCUCAGAAGCUGCUUGAUCGAAGGGAAGAUAUAAUCCGGGAGAUGCAAGAUGCACGAAAGAGGCCCACAAGUGAAUGCAAAGGUUGGCUCAGUGCAGUGGAGGGGAUUGAGAAUCAGUGGAAGGGAAUUAAAGAAGAAUACAGAAAAGAUGAGAAAUGUCUCGGAGGAUGGUGUCCUCAUGUUUCCUCGCGCAUGGAUCUAGGUGAGCGUGUGUUGAAAUUGAUGAACCGAGCUACUGGGCUUAUGCAGAACUCGGAGUUUAAAGGAGGUAUGUUGAUUGAUGAGCCACAGACGAUAAUAGAGAUGCCUGCAUCAAGAAUACAAGCCGAGACAUCAUCUCAUCGCACCAUGCAGGAGAUAUUGAGAUGCAUAAGAGAUGUGAGAAUAAAAGUAGUUGGGAUUUGGGGUAUGGGUGGGAUUGGAAAAACAAAUGUAAUGAAACUUCUUAAUAACCACCAAGAAAUAGCAGAAACAUUUGAAAUUGUCAUUUGGAUAGAAGUCUCAAAAGAGUGGACUUACAAAUCUCUGCAAAAUGAACUUGCUCAAAGAUUAUUUGUGACGAGGGAUGAUUCCAAGCUCGAUAACACUGUCACACAGGAAUUAUUUCAGAAAUUAAAGGUCAAGAAAUUCUUGUUGCUUUUAGAUGAUGUCUGGGAUUGUAUAGAAAUGGAACAGGUUGGUGUCCCUAUUUGUGAUGAAGCAAGCAGUAGUAAGGUUGUAUUGUCAACUCGGCACCUAAAUGUCUGUCGCAAGAUGGGAACAGACAAGGAGAUCAAGGUAGAGGUUUUGUCUGAGGACGAAGCAUGGGCAUUGUUCCGCGAGAAAGCUGGGGAAGUUGUUGAUUCUAAAAAAAUCGGACCUUUAGCCAAAGCUGUGGUCCAAGAGUGUUGUGGUUUGCCAGUUGCAAUUGUUGAAGUAGGAAAGGCCUUGAGGAAAGUGACUGAUUUUCAUGUGUGGAGUAUUGUGUUGCGGCAGAUGAGAUCCUCCGAGGCAUUUGAAAUAGAAGACAUGGAUAAAAAAGUAUUCCAGCCCUCGAAAGAUAGUUUUGAUAGACUGAAGAAUGAUAAUACAAGGAAUUGCUUUCUGUACUGUGCAUUGUAUCCCAAACACCAUGAGAUCCAUAAAUCCGAACUGAUAGAGUACUGGAGAUCUGAGGGUCUAAUUGAUGGUUGGGCCACUCUUGUGGAGGCCCAAGAUAAAGGACACAUGAUACUGAAGGAUCUCAUGGACGCAUCUUUGCUAGAGAAAUGCCAGAGAGAUGAAUAUGUCAAGAUGCAUGGUGUGAUCAGGGAUCUAGCAAUAAGAAUCACAUCUGCAAAGGAAGAAGGUUGUAUAUCCUUAGUGAGAGCUGGUGUGGAAUUAUUUGAAGCCCCCAAAGCAGAACAAUGGGAAUAUGCAAGAAGGAUCUCAUUGAUGAAAACCGACCUAGAAAGUCUGCCAAAUACGCCAAAUUGUCUCAUGCUCACGACACUACUGCUUCAAGGAAAUAAUAUUUUGAGACAAAUUCCAUUGUCAUUCUUCGAAAACAUGCAAGCCCUUCGAGUUUUGGACCUAUCUGAUACUAAAAUAGAGUCAUUACCACCGUCCAUUUGCAGCUUGGUUAACCUCCGAGGACUCUAUCUAAAUAACUGUGCAUGUUUAAGGGCUGUCCCUCCCCAAGUAGAAGCUCUCACUAACCUUGAGGUGCUUCAUAUAAAUGGCUCACAUCAGGUUUAUGUUUUGCCUGUUGAGAUUGGGAAAUUGGAUUCUCUUAGGUGUUUGCAACUGUGCAUAUGUACACCACGGGAGGAUACAACGGAGGGGAAGCAGAAGAUGGACAUAAUUCCUAAGGGGAUUUUGCCAAGGCUGUCUCAGUUGGAGCAAGUGAUCAUCUUCCUUGAUGUUUACAUUCAUGAAUAUUGGGACGAAUGCACGCGAAUUGUGAGUGAGGAGAUGUGCUUCUUGAACAAGUUGGCUUGUGUUGAUCUGUGCUUCACAAAAGCUGAGCAUUUAGAUCACUUCGUCCAAGAAAGUUCGUCAUGGAAACAAAAGCGAUUGACAUCAUUCAGGUUUUCUGUUGGUCAUUAUUCUGGACAAGUUGAAUGCAGAAGGACAUUUGAUUGGGAAGAAUCUAAUCUGGAAUUUUUGAGAUUGGAAGGAUGGAAUGGAAUUUUGAUAUGGAAAGGUGCCGAUAGCAUCCCGCAUGUGAUCAAGGUGAUAUUGAAUCACACUGAUGCCUUUUUGCUAGAGGGUCAUGUUGCUAUUCAAAAACUGUCUGAAUUUGGUGUGGGGAAUCUGAAUGUGUUAAAAGAAUUUGCUGUGGUAGAAUGCGAAGGAAUCGAGACCAUUAUAGAUGGAGAUGGAGUAGAGGACAGUGAUAUGUUACCAAACUUAGAGAUACUAUAUCUUCAUAAUCUUUCCAAUUUAAGGUGCAUUUGUAAGGGUCUUAUGACACUUGGAAGAAGGUGCUUCACUAGCCUUACACACUUAGAGUUGGCAAAGUGUAACAAGUUGACGAAGAUUUUCUCAUGGAGCCUCAUCCAACAGCUCUCCAAGUUAGAAUGCCUUUCUGUUAAAGAUUGUUCCACAGUAAAAGAAAUUAUUGUCAGCAAAGAAGAGGGGAACCUAAAUGUGUCAGAAAACAGAGUUGUGGAAGAUUGCAAAGGAAUCAGGACCGUUGUAGAUGGAGACGGGGAAGAGGACAGCAUUGUGUUGCCAAACUUGGAGAAACUACAUCUUAAGGAUCUUUGCAAUUUAGAGAGCAUUUGGAAUAUGCCUUUGCCACUUGGAAGAAGAUGCCUCACCAGCCUUACACGCUUAGAAUUGGUAAAUUUUCCGAAGUUGAUGACAAUUUUCUCAUGGAGCGUCAUCCAAUGUCUCUCCAACUUAGAAAACCUUUCUAUUCGUGAUUGUUUAAUGAAAGAAGUAAUUAUUAAUGAAGAAGAGGGAGAAGAGACAUGCUUCGAUGAAUGUGUUCAAAUACUCCCUAAAUUGAAAGAAUUGGAUGUUGCUUGGAAUUUAGAUUUGGUUCGCAUUUGUAGUAAAGUUCUUUCACGAGCGAGUUGGCCAUCGUUGGAGAACAUUCGGAUUCAUAAAUGCCCGAAACUAAGGACUCUUCCUCAUGGCAUUGCCAAUGCACCUAAUCUAUUAAAGAUCAGAUGUGAAAUAAAUUGGUGGGAAGCAUUGGAAUGGAUUGAUGAUGCCAUCAAAGAACGACUCCAACACAAGCUCAUAGUUCCAUACUAAGGGAAAAGCACAUCCAGAGAUCAACGAGGCUCCAAGGCAUUAGAACUUUCAGCCAUUGAUUUGAAAAGGAUCUGGGGAUACAAGUACUUCAGCGAAAUCCGCAACUGGCUGAAAAUUGAUUAUAGCAGGUUUGGAAAGAUUGAAGAUGCAUUGGCGCUAGCUUGGGAAGAUGGAAAAUCCAUUGGGACUAGCUUCGUAAAUGGCAGAGCAUCAAGAGUUCGCUUGUUACCUCUUUUGUUUAUUGUAGCCUGUGGCUAUGGUAUUUGUAUGUAUCGUGUUUCUUUCUUUCUCCGUAGUUCUGUAUGUCAUUCAGAUAUUGUUGAGUUGUGAUAGAUAGUUAUUCGUGCCUGGCUUUUUUGUUCGGGGAUUCCUGGCACCAA